CUCAAGAUGGUUAAUGAAAGCAAAUCUCUGGAUGAGGCUCUGCAGUCCGCCGAGGCUGAGGGUCGCGUCACCGUCGGUGUCUACGAGUGCGCAAAAAUCAUGAAUGAUGAUCCGGACAGCGUGUCCUUCUGCGUCCUGGCCAUGGAUGAAGAGUUCGAGUGCGACAUCGCGCUCCAAAUCCACUUCACUCUCAUCCAGGCUUUCUGCUUCGAUAACGACAUCAGCAUCGUGAGAGUGAACGACGUGCAACGUCUGGGUGAAAUUGUCGGCGCUAAAGAUCAAACUGAGGACUGUCACUGCCUUCUUAUCACGAGUCCAGCUGAUGGUUCGUGGGAAGACCCAGCUCUGGAGAAGCUGCACAUGUUCUGCGAAGAAAGCCGCCGCUCCAACGACUGGCUUCCGGAGAUCAGUCUGCCAGCUCGCUGAUCUGCUGAUGGGACUCUUCUCACACGAGAUGCUGUUAACCCUUCAUGGAAAUACAUGCAUCCUUUGAAUAAAGGAUGAUGAUGAUGUAUCUUCACAUCCCUGGAUGCUUCUGAGGAGGCUCUAAUGCAGUCCAGGCAGCGCGGGGCAUGCAGGCCCGAAGUGGGCUUUCGCCUCACGGUUCUGUCGCUUCUCGUCCCGUCCAUGCCAAGAUGGUCCUCCUUCUUUAUGUGAACGAGGCCGGGCAUGCCACGAGAGCGACCCAGCGGCCCUCAUUCUUUGUG